GAUACGUAUUUUUGCCAUGAUGAUAUUCACAUUUCAAUCCAAAACACCCAGAAAUCGAUAAACCUUGAAUUUGCAAGGACCUUUUCAAUGCAAAGUAUCGUCCUUAGAUACGCGAUACCAUCUCGUGCAUACAUCAUAAGCAAGCAACCAUCUAUCGACCGACCUCACGAUUCCAACGCAUAAACACAUGCAGCAAGGCCAAAGAACUGCUUAGCUACUCGGUCCCAUCUUCUACAACACCAGCGCCAAUAAACAUCACCACACAACCCAUCCGCAGCGCUCCCAACCACCCCCCCCAACAUGCAGCGAGCAUCCCUCCCCCAUGCAACCACCAGCCCCAUCACACGACCUGCGCAUCCGCGAUCCGACUUCUGAAUCACACAUUAGAAUUUCCCCGCAACUCUUUGAUUAUUUUGGCUUUUCCACUUCCAUGCGUGCAUGUUCCUCUCCAUCAUACUGCAGUCGUGCAUCCACGUCAUCGAUUUCUUUCUGUGCUGCUUGCGUUAUAGUCCGGGUGUUUCUGUCUAUCUUUCUAUCUAUCUAUCCCUAUUCAUCUCACCCAUCAACACAUCAACACAUCAAUCUAUCAAUCCAUCAAUUUCGAUCUUGAUUCAAGUCGUUGCGCAUACAGACAGCAGACAGACAGACAGACACACAAGAAACGCCACCCCGCCAGAAGAUCCAACUACCGACAAUCAAGACAAGAUAAGAUAAGCAUCGCACCUGUCCAGUCACCUCGAUAUCUCCUCUCCUCCCGAGAAAAUGUUCGAGGCACGCCUGGAGAGGAAAGAGCGUGUAAAGCCACAAAGCUUGGGAGUAGCCUCGGAUUCAAAAAGAAGUGAUGAUAUGGUUCUUGACACAUCGGGAUUGUUUCCUAUCAAGGAACCCUUUUUCGUCACCGCAAAAUUCUGGAAACGAUUCUCCGUCUACGCCUCUGUAAUCCUCUCGGUAGCCUCUCUCGUCAUAUCCUCCAUCGCCUCUCUAAAGCCCACUACUGCAGCCGACAUGAAAGCUCUAAUAGUAACCAGCAUAAUCAUCAACGCACUCUCGGUCACACUUUCCGCACUCACGUCUCUCGACUGGCAAAGCCAAGCGACGACGGAUCGCCAAUUCGCACAGAUGCUGAGUCAGAUAAGUCAUGUGCAUGAUGGGAAGGAAGGGGGGAGGAUUGUGGUUUUGGGACGCGAGAGGGAGAGAGAGGAGGAGGAGAGGAUGAUGAGGGAGAGAGGAGUGAGUAUGGGAAUUGGGAGAGCGUUGUGAGGUUUUGCCGGCGUUUGUGAUGUGAAUAGGACGGGCGUUGGGUAGGGAAUGAGGGGUGGGAUGUAUGGAUUCUCAAGUGUUCUGGUUGUGUUUAGAGGAAGAUACAGAGAGGCAUUAUCUCCAUUUUCAACUUCGCUGGAAAUGGAGAUUGGGAGUGGGCGCCUUGAUAACGAAAGAUUGAUAGACAAGACGUGUAUAUUUUUGGCGUUGAAGCUAAUAGCUUGCUGGUAUGCUGGGAUAAUGGAUGGCUAGGCUAGAUUGCAUUGAGGGAUUGCGAACAUGUAUAACUAUAUACCCCGUUUUUUUUUCUUCCGCAUAUGUAUUAAUUAAUAAUUCACAACCCUAAAUUCAUGAUACA